CGCAAAUCCCGCGGAGGUGCGACGGAGACGGGGGCCGGCCCUGAGCAUCCGCCCCGCCCGGCUGGUCUGGUGUGGCCGCCCGCCCGGCCUCUGCGCAGCCCGUCGGCUCGGCUGCCCGCGCGGCCCCGGCUGCCGGCAUGCCUACGUCCCCCGAAAGCCUCUUCCCCCCGGGGGAUGACCUAGACUCCGGCCAGUUGCACAUGGAGCCUGAUGAGAUGGACACUCUGAAGGAGGGAGAGGACCCAGCUGACCGGAUGCACCCUUUUCUGGCCAUCUAUAACCUGCAGCCUCUGAAAGCGUACCCCUUGGUGUUCGCCCCCGGCGUCCCCGUCACAGCCCAGGUGGUUGGCACUGAAAGAUACACCAGUGGAUCCAAGGUGGGAACCUGUACUCUGUAUUCUGUCCGCCUGACUCAUGGUGACUUUACCUGGACAACCAAGAAAAAGUUUCGCCAUUUCCAGGAGCUGCACCGUGAACUCCUGAGACACAAAGUCUUGAUGAGUCUGCUUCCUUUGGCCCGUUUUGCUGUUGCCUAUUCUCCAGCCCGAGAUGCAGCCAACAGAGAGAUCCCCUCUCUCCCUCGAGUAGGUCCCGAGGGCUCCAGCAGACAUGCAUCCAGCAAACAGAAAUACCUGGAGAAUUAUCUCAACCGCCUCCUCACCAUGUCUUUUUACCGCAAUUAUCGUGCCAUGACGGAGUUCCUGGAAGUCAGUCAACUGUCUUUUAUCCCAGACCUUGGCUCCAAAGGAGUGGAAGGGGUGAUCCGGAAGCGUUCAGGUGGCCACCGUGUUCCUGGCCUCACCUGCUGUGGCAGAGACCAAGUUUGUUAUCGUUGGUCUAAGAGGUGGCUGGUGGUGAAGGACUCAUUCCUGCUGUAUAUGUGUCUCGAGACUGGCACCAUCUCAUUUGUUCAGCUCUUUGAUCCUGGCUUUGAGGUGCAGGUGGGGAAAAAGAGCACAGAGGCACGCUAUGGGGUCCGGAUCGACACCUCCCACAGGUCCUUGAUUCUUAAAUGCAGCAGCUACCGGCAGGCACGAUGGUGGGGCCAGGAGAUCACUGAGUUGGCUCAGGGCCCUGGAAGAGACUUCCUACAGUUCCAUCGUCAUGACAGCUACGCUCCACCCCGGUCUGGGACCUUGGCCCGGUGGUUUGUGAAUGGGGCAGGUUACUUUGCUGCUGUAGCAGACGCCAUCCUGCAAGCUCAAGAGGAGAUUUUCAUCACAGACUGGUGGUUGAGUCCUGAGAUUUACCUGAAGCGUCCAGCCCAUUCAGAUGACUGGAGACUGGACAUUAUGCUGAAGAAAAAGGCGGAGGAGGGUGUCCGUGUGUCUGUACUGCUGUUUAAGGAAGUGGAGUUGGCUUUGGGCAUCAACAGUGGCUAUAGCAAGAGGACUCUAAUGCUGCUACACCCCAACAUAAAGGUGAUGCGCCACCCAGACCAGGUGACACUGUGGGCCCAUCAUGAGAAGCUCCUGGUGGUAGACCAAGUGGUGGCUUUCUUAGGGGGGUUGGACCUCGCUUACGGCCGCUGGGAUGACGUGCACUACCGACUGACAGACCUGGGGGACUCCUCUGAAUCAGGUGCCCCACAGCCUCCCAGUUCAGGCCCAGACUCUCAGACCACUCCAGACCUCUCUGACAACCAACUCUUCUGGCUGGGCAAGGACUACAGCAAUCUUAUCACUAAAGAUUGGGUACAGCUGAACCGGCCUUUUGAGGAUUUCAUUGACAGGGAGACCAUGCCCCGGAUGCCCUGGCGGGAUGUUGGGGUGGUCGUCCAAGGCCCACCUGCCCGGGACCUUGCCCGCCACUUCAUUCAGCGCUGGAACUUCACCAAGACUACAAAGGCCAAGUACAAGACACCCACGUACCCUUACAUGUUGCCCAAGUCCACCAGCACUGCAAACCAGCUCCCCUUCACGCUCCCUGGGUGCCAGUGCACCACUGUGCAGGUUCUGCGAUCAGUGGACCGCUGGUCAGCAGGGACUCUGGAAAACUCUAUCCUCAACGCCUACCUGCACACCAUCAGGGAGAGCCAGCAUUUCCUCUACAUUGAGAAUCAGUUCUUCAUCAGCUGCUCAGAUGGGCGGACCGUCCUGAACAAGGUGGGCGACGAGAUUGUGGACAGAAUCCUGAAGGCCCACAAACAGGGCCAAUGCUUCCGAGUCUACGUGCUUUUGCCCCUGCUCCCAGGAUUUGAGGGUGACAUCUCCACGGGUGGUGGCAACUCCAUCCAAGCCAUCUUACACUUCACUUACAGGACCCUGUGCCGUGGAGAAUAUUCAAUCCUACACCGCCUCAAAGCAGCCAUGGGGACAGCAUGGCGGGACUACAUUUCCAUCUGUGGGCUUCGCACGCACGGAGAGCUGGCUGGACACCCAAUCUCCGAGCUCAUCUACAUCCACAGCAAGAUGCUCAUUGCAGACGACCGGACAGUCAUCAUUGGAUCUGCAAACAUCAACGACCGGAGCUUGCUGGGGAAGCGAGACAGCGAGCUGGCUGUGUUGAUUGAGGACACGGAGAUGGAGCCGUCACUCAUGGAUGGUGUGGAGUAUCAGGCGGGCAGGUUUGCCCUGAGUCUGCGGAAGCACUGCUUCAGUGUGAUUCUUGGGGCAGAUUCUCGGCCAAACCUGGAUCUCCGAGACCCCAUCUGUGAUGACUUCUUCCAGUUGUGGCAAGACAUAGCUGAGAGCAAUGCUAACCUCUAUGAGCAGAUCUUCCGCUGCCUGCCAUCCAACGCUACACGUUCCCUGCGGGCACUCCGAGAGUACGUGGCCGUGGAGCCCCUAGCUACAGUCAGUCCUCCCCUGGCCCGAUCUGAGCUCACCCAGGUCCAGGGCCACCUGGUCCACUUCCCUCUCAAAUUCCUGGAGGAUGAGUCUUUGCUGCCUCCCCUGGGUAGCAAGGAGGGUGUGAUGCCCCUGGAAGUGUGGACAUAGCUGUUGCCACAGCUUGAGAGAGUUUGUCACUCAUAUGCUGCUGGCCUCACAGAGUCUGGUUCCCUGUCCCCUGUGAAGGCUGAGGACAGGGCUCUUGUAGACCUGGGGGUGGCAGGCAUCCCUGAAGAGGACUAGAGAAGUCAUAGUGGACCUGUUCUUCAGAAGUUGUCUGAGAAGAUGCUCCUAAUCCUGGAGGGUCCCAGAGAUGUUCAUCCUCCAUGAUGUCCAGUUCAAACCACUGCUACAGAGAAGCCUAACUAACUCCUAUCAAUGUGCCAGGGACAAAGAAAGAAUGAACUCUGUCCUGGGCCUCCUUACUCCUCCCUUCCUCUUCCCUGUCCUUGAACCCUCUGCUGGCCCCAGGAACUUUUCGAGUCCUUUGCUGCAAGGUGGAGAGGAUAAGAUCACUACUGGCAUUAGCCCUCCACAGCAAAGGAGGGCUUGUAGAGAAGAUGCACUCUAAUUCCUCCACCAGCCUGCUGACAGACACUAACUUUGUAUGAGUUCAAUAAGCAUUUCAUAAAUAAAAGCAUAGAAAAAAACGUC